AUGGCAGUAAACUUCAAGGGCAUCUCGAUUAAGUUGCGUACCAGCCCCCGAUGCCAGUGGCUGAUUGCUCUCUGCACCAUUGUCCACAUCCUUUAUUUCAAACACUGCAGCGCCCUCACAGGUGAUCUUCAAGACCUUCUUGAGAAGCAUAACUCCACAGGCGUCAACCCUAACACGCGUAAUCUAACACAGGCCAACGUCAACUAUAAGCUUCUUACUUGUGAUGACAUCUCAAAUAUGUCACAAGGGCGGUCCCUUGGGUAUGGCUUUACGAAAGAGGUGUUUGAGGGAACUUACAAGGGUAGGAAGGUGGCAAUUAAAAUGGUUACACCCAAAGUUGUAGAUAUUACGGCAUGUUUCGAGAGAAAGGCUUAUCGGAACAAAUCGGAGUGCUACGAGUAUGCAAACUUUAAGGUGAUGAAGGAAAUAACAUUAAGUUUGGAGAUCAACAGUGAACGAUUACUUCAGGUACUUGGGUUCUGCGUGCGAGGAGAUGCUAUAACAGGAUCUGUAAUUGAUCACGGAGUCAUAGAAAUCGUGGAAUUUGGAAGGAAACUCGAAAAGAGUAUGCUCAUAAAUUCUACCUGGUCGGAAAAAUUACAGGUAAUCCCGAACAGAAAUUAUUUAUUCCGGAUCUGA